AAUUUUCCAAGAUUCAAACCUGAAAAUCUCGAGCAUAAUCAAAAGAUAUUUGAGCGGGUCAAUGAAAUGGCUGCAAAGAAGGGCUGCACCCCAUCACAGCUGGCAUUGGCAUGGGUCCAUCACUGUGGAAACGACGUGGUUCCCAUCCCCGGGACCACCAAGAUAGCAAACUUGAACCAGAACAUUGGUGCAUUGUCUGUAAAGCUAACCCCAAAAGAAAUGGCUGAACUCGAAUCCUAUGCCUCAGCCGAUGUGGUCAAGGGUGAGAGACAUGCCUUUAUGUCAAUGACAUGGAUCAACUCAGAAACUCCACCAUUGUCCUCGUGGAAAGCUGAAUGAAGAAAUACCUCUUGUUGUCAACUUGUACCCUGAGUACUACCGAUGCUUUUCCUAUUUAGCUGUAAGUUUCUAGUUCUAGCGCCCUCCACCACUGCUAUGCCUUCCUCCACAAUAUACUUGACUGGAGGAGUUUUAUGAUGUAUUGCAUCGUAUCCAUAUUAAACCAAAAUAUUUCUGUUACUGCUUUUACAGACUAUCCAGUCACUAUUGUGCAGUGCUUUUAAUUUUUGUUA